AUGUGCCCUGGGAUCUCUGAUGACUUGCUCACCAUUGAUGACUCUAAACACCUUGCUCGGCUCCAUCGAACCCCCACAGGUGGUACGGAGCGCAUCCAUACACUUCAUCUUAACUCAGCUGCAGGUCUCAUCACCAUCUUCAGCGUCUAUGCACCGACUCUGGGCGCUUCCGAUGAAGACAAAGACACCUUCUACGAUCAGCUGGACAGUCUGGUUAGCGGGAUCCCCAAGGUUGAGCCUAUCCUGCUCCUCGGUGACGUCAAUGCCAGAGUUGGGACAGACCAUCAGUCAUGGUCGUCUUGCAUUGGACACUAUGGCACUGGGAAGAUGAACGACAAUGGACAGAGAUUGCCAGAGCUCUGCUCCUAUUAUAACUUGUGCAUCACGAACACCUUCUUCCAGUCUAAACCCCAGCACAGGGUGUCAUGGAUGCACCCCAGGUCCCGUAGGUGGCACCAACUGGACCAUGUGAUCACUAGACGCUCCCUGCUGAGCAGCGUACUAGGAACACGCAGCUACCACAGUGCAGACUGCGACUCAGACCACGCCCUAGUAUGCAGCAGAAUGAGAUCCCUCCCCCGAAAGCUACAUUGCUCCAAACCCCCAGGUCGGCCUUGUAUCGACAUAGCCAGGAUUGGUGAUUGCCAGCGCAGGGAGGAAUUUGUUUACAGCCUUGAGAAUGCCGUCAAAGAUCUUCCGGAGCAGGAUGUCAUGGGACGAUGGACGUCCAUCAGGGAUACCAUUUACGAUGCCGCCAUUGCCGCCUUUGGAAAGAAGGAGGGAAAUAAUCCUGACUGGUUUAACGCCAACCUCCAAGAACUUGAACCUGUCCUUGCUACCAAGCGCUCAGCUCUUCUCGCCUACAGAAAGUCACCAUGCGAGAAGACGCCAACUCCAAGAAAAGUGCAGAGAACAGGACCCGGCCUGUUCCGCCUUUUGGAGAAGAUUGGUUGCCCUCCCAAGCUGCGCAGCAUGGUGGUAUCCUUUAACGAAAACAUGAAAGGAACUGUCGUCUUUGACGGGUCAUCCUCAGAGCCAUUCCUCAUCAACAGCGGUGUCAAGCAGGGUUGCGUGCUUGCACCUACCUUGUUUGGCAUCUUCUUCUCGAUGCUGCUGAAGUAUGCUUUUGACUCGUCCACUGAUGGCAUCAACAUUCACACCAGGUAUGACGGGAAACUCUUCAACCUCGCUCGCUUACGGGCCAGAACAAAAGUGACCGAAGUCCUCGUCAGAGAGAUGCUGUUUUCGGACGAUGCUGCCCUGGCCACGCAUACAGAAGAGGCUUUUCAAAGACUCAAAGACCUCUUCGCUACAGCAUGUUCAGAAUUUGGGCUUACUGUCAGCUUGAAAAAGACUAAUAUCAUGAGCCAGGAUGCCAGCAACCUACCCUGCAUUAAGAUCGGGGACUAUACCCUGGAGGUGGUGGAGGACUUCACCUACCUUGGUUCCACCACACGCGAAAACCUGUCCAUCGAUACCGAGCUAAGCAAGCGCAUCGCAAAGGCUUCAGCUACCAUGGCCGGACUUACAAUGAGAGUCUGGAAAAAUAAGCUUCUGACAGAGAAGACCAAGACCAGGGUAUACCAGGCCUGUGUCCUCAGCACUCUGCUGUACGGUAGCGAAACAUGGACGACCCUCAUGUGA